GAUGCAUCCAAAAGCCAACGUCGUCCUCGACAUACGGUAGCACAUAUCCUCCUGGGCCGCCAGGUCACGUAUCAGACUCCGAUGUGGUGAUGGCAGCCGAGCCCCUCUCUCCGAUGGACUUUAUCGCCCCUGCGCGCAUCAAAGCGCAGCUUCUCCCAGUUGGCCGUAUCAGACGUUCGCGCUUCUUAGCAUUUGUCGAUCUCCUGCGUCAGCAAUCUCUUGUUCGACUUGGAGAUGUCAGUCCCGACCCUCGGCCAGAUAGGAAUAUGUUCUCUCCUUUAGCAUUUCCCAAUGGAACACUUCUGUAUGAUCUAUCAACAUCACUACCCUCAGCUUCACAGUCGUCUUUGUCGCCCUUUGAACAAUUCCGGGAGCCACUUCUGGUGAUCGGCAUUGCAGACGCGACAGAGUAUCCAUGGCUAGAUGGGUCACGUGCUGAUGGAGACAACUCAACUGUUGAGCCAGCGGCCGACGAGGACGCACAGGAAUUGAUUUCAGCAGCUCGAGACCUCCGAGAACAGUUUCCGAAAGCAUACCACCACUGCGUCAUGGCCUUCGAAUCUGUAUCCCAAUCUCGGCAUCCGCGCUUGCCUCAAGAUACCUUGUUGGUACCUCCGAUGGCACGGCUCAAGACGACGACCUUAAAGACCAUCAUGUGCGAUUUGACCUCGACAUUAUUAGCAGAGAUGACAACACUCGCCCGGUCGAUGCAAGCCCUGCCAACGAUUACAUCACCUGCUUCACACAGCGGAUCAGCAGACAAUGCUCCUAGCUGGGCCAGUCCAGAGUCUGGCACAGCUCAGUUUUCGAGGCGAGCCUCACAAACCCCCACAGCAAGCAGGCCUGAGUCACCCGUUUCUGGGGCACAACCUAAGGAUCUGCACCGCAUGUCUAUGCCUGUGUUACCGUCAUCAUCUGGGGGUCCGUUAUCGACAGACGAUUCCAGAGCCGGCUCGCCCUCCACUCAAGGCACCCGCACACCUCCAACUACAUUCGAUGAGAUAUCAGGAGUGAAUGCUCCAACUUCUCCACCUCGAAACAACACCACCUCAACCAAGUCGGCCAGAGAUACCAGCGCUGACAGGGUGUCCAUCCAAGGUUUCGGAUCUGGCGGUGUUAGAGAACGCGCGCGGAACAAAGGACGCGGACGAGUGAGCAUCGUGAUUGGUUCUCUGUACAUGUGCGCAGGACACUGGCACGAGGCAAUAAGGGAGCUUACGGAUGGUGCUACCAGAGCUCGAGCCUACAGUGAUCACUUAUGGCAAGCGAAAGCCCUUGAGAACAUUACGGUGUGCCUGUUGCUGUUUGCAUGGUCGGGAAUGGACUUCCAAAUACCUCAAAUAUGCUUUCCUAUAUACGACAAAUCGUCUUCUUCCAAAUCACCCGACCAUACGCCAUCGAACAGCGUAUCUGAUAUGUCCGCACCAGGAAGAUCAUCCAGCCACGGGGUGGCUCUCGAGAGUCUCAACCAUCUACUUCCCGAUCUGGUGAACAUGAUCCUGAACAUGUACAGCCGAGCGGCAAACUUUACAGGCGAAGCCAUGCCGCCACUAGCACUCUCAGAGUGUGUCAUCAGAUUUUCCAAGCUCCUGGCCGCCAUGAACCUUUCUGCCGGGUAUCUUGACUAUGAUGCUUUGCAGCACCUGGUACGAAAUACGCCAUAUGUACAAAAGCCGAGACUGUCAGUGCCGAGGUUGAGCGUUCAUCCUACUCGGAAUGACAUCGCAACGAUGUUGUUCAGGGCUCUCCCUGGUCCUGUAGAGACGUCAGUAAUGAAUUCUACAGACCGGGUGCUAGUACUGGCGGGCGUUGCAUCUGUGCUAUCGUCCUUGGGCUUACAGCGUAAGAAAGCAAUCGUGAUGAAAGAGUUUAUCACGUCGUUGAUACCAGGCCUGGUGCAAGCCCGGAAGAUUGGGGCAGCAGAAAUGGGUGUCCACCCUGCCGCUGGUCUUGCUGCGCUCAACAUGGUAGGUGGGCAUCCAUCUGGUGCUGGGGCCCUGAAUCUUGGAGAAGCCGAAGUAGAGAACGGCAUCGAAGAGUUCCUUGGUUUGCUUGGACGAAUUUACGGAAUACCGAACUCAAAAGGUUCAUUUUUCGAUGCACCAGCUUCAGGAACGCUGGACUCAUCCCACGAUGCGACAAGCCAGCGGCUGAUCGACCAUAUCCUGAAGAUAUCAACACUGAAGUCAUUUGGAAGUUUGAGCUUAAAGUUGGAGGUCCUACGAAUGUGUUUAAACUUCUGCGAAGCCUUACCCGACUUCAACGGAGUGCUCCACUUUACUGCUCUCUUGCUUCGGGUUGCCGGACCUGGAACAGCUCCGAGGCCGAACAGUACCGACGUUGUUGUAUCCCUCCCACGAGAAGAACAAGUCAGACUGUUUUCAAACAUAUCCCGUACAGUUGCAGCGGCGAACAAGCUUGGUUUGCAACACAUGGAGACCGAGUACUGGGAUGACUUUCUACUCCGUGGACUUUUCAUCUUGGAGGAGCCAGUACCUCUACGUCUGACACAGCACCGCCCUGCAGAGCUACAGCUGGCAAAGUCAGAGAAAGAUGGCCCUUUCCUACACAACCCAUGGUUGAAGAAGCCACAGACCGGCGCAUCUGAGACCAUCCUCGUCGCUAACGAGGACUACCGCUUUGUUCUAGCACUGCAGAACCCUUACGACUUCGAGCUUGAGGUGCAAUCUUUGAGGAUCGCUGCGGAUGAUAUUGAAUUUGUCGGCAAAGAAGAACAUUUCUUGCUAGGUCCUUAUCGAACACAGAAGUUCCAAAUCACCGGCAAAGCGCUCUCAUCAGGUUCAAUGAAGAUCAUCGGAUGCUACAUCAAAGUAAUUGGUUGCCGGGAGCGUUUAUUUCCUAUCUUCCCGCAACCCUGGAGACCAACAAGAGAGUCGAAGAUGAAGCGAAUAGGUCUUAAAGCGUGUCUAGGCGCGCCAGCCUCUCGACCUUCCACUGCAGUCGACCCCACAAUCGCAAGGAAAGCACCAUCUGCGCCGCAACCGGAGACGUUGACCUUUAGCGUCAUCCCUGACCAACCCGUCAUCGUAGUCUCCAAGGUUUCUCUACCCCAAUCAGCACUCAUGGUCCUCGAAGGAGAGCGGAAGCUGUUCACGGUAACCGUAAAGAACACCUCGGCUACCACAGCAGUUGAUUUUGUGCACAUAACCUUCCAGGACUCUGCAACAACGGCUAUGCAGUCCGCCCUCACGGAAAAGGGGUUGCCUGCUGCUGAACUACACGAGCUGGAGACACAGCUAGCACGUUUCCCAUCAUUGCGUUGGUGCAAAAACGACGAAGAAGAAUCGUUCAAUAUUGCACCCAGCACAGAGGCAGAAUUCACUGUCGAAGUCAUUGGUCGCACCCGCUUAACAGAUGCUGUCAUCCAGAUCAACUAUGCUCACCUUGGCAAGCGACGAUCUGAGGUACAAGACCGAUUCUUCACUCGACAAGUAUCCGUACCCAUAUCGAUCACAGUCAACGCAAGCGUUCAACUUCAGCGUCCAGACGUCGUACCACUCUCUGACGACUUCGCAUGGUCGAACCGAAACGAGCAGUCCACCCAAUCCAUCACAACAUCACCAUCAGCCGCAUUACUCGACAAAAACAGCAGCCACUACCAGAACUUCUUCCAACACAUGCGCACCCUCGGCCACGGCGACGAGUACUGCCUUUUGCUACUUGACCUGCGCAACUCCUGGCCCAACCCGCUCACCACCACGCUCCAAGUGCGCCCACCACCGUCCCUCCCCGCCGACAACAACUACUCCGAUGAUUGGGACAACGCCUACACCGUAACCGAAGUAAUCCAACCCGGCCACGUCCACCGCAUCGCCAUUGUGCUCCCACGAAUCUAUAUCGCAGACCCGCACGCCGCCGUGCCCUCGCUCAACCCCGCCAGCCAGCGCCAGUUCGUCGUCAGCACGAGCAACACCUCGCCUGAGACUGAGCGCGCGAGCAGAGAAGCAUUUUGGUACCGGCACAGCUUGCUGCAGUUCGUGCGCGGGGCGUGGAAAGAAGGGAGUGGGAGACACGGGGAUAUCGAGUUGCGCAGUAUACGAUUCUCGAGUAGGAUGGUUGAGGCUAUCAAACUCGAUGACUUAGAAAUCGAGGCGAGCCUGUCCUCUGACUUUGCGAAGGGGGGUGAGAGUGAGAGUGGGCAGAUGAAGCAGCUCGGACGCCGCAAAUUCUCUGUCCGCGUCGACUCCUUCCUAACGCUUAAAACGAGGGUCAAGAACCGCAGUCCCAACCCCAUCUCGACGGUGCUGAGACUGCAACCGUACCUCGCAGGUCUACCUCACAACCUCGCGCUCGACCUCGAUAAACGACUGUCCUGGACUGGAGUGCUGCAGGUCAAACUCCCCGUUAUUCCGCCCGGCGAGGCUGUAGAGUCUGAACUUGGUGUUGUGGCGCUGUGCAGUGGUAUCUUUGAGGUUGGUGCUACGGUUGAUGAGGCGGAGAUGAUCAAAGUUGAGGGUGGGGAGGGAGAAGGAGGGGAGAAAGGAGGAAGACCGAGGAGUAAUACGCAGAUGCUGUUGCGAGGGGGUGAUGUGUUAGGGGAGCCGAAGUUGAGGAGUUGGCAUUUGAGAGAGCCGUGUACGAUUGUUGCGAGGAGAGGAGAUGAGUGA